UGAAAGAAAAGUGAACAGACUCUCCAUUUCAAUACAACCAGCAUUAUUUAACUGCUUUCACCCCCAACACCAAUCUCUCUUCCAAGUUCCGAUGAUGCAGCAACUCAUUUUCCGACCACUUCUCUCCGUAGCCAACCGUCGAUUCACCGCCUUUCCGACGCCACACUCUCAUCCACCUCCAGACCUCCGCCGUCGCUUCUCUUGUUCCGCUUCAAUCCAGUACCCGCCGCUCCGCCACCAUCGUCAGUGGUCCGGCCUUAAUCGAUGGCGGCGGAGCACGGUGAACCACGACCGCUAUUGGGGCCCCGAUGGACCAAUCCCAGAUUCUAGUGAAAGUGUAACUAUCUCUCCUCUCGUUCUCGCCUCUUGCACCUCACUGGCGGAGAUGGGACGCGCUGUUCUCUCCACUGCGGAUCCAAUUGCGAAGGCGAAGCUUUCCCAUGCGGCUUAUACGAAAUGGUGCGUCGAAGGUUUACCGAUUGGAGUUUCCGACGCCCCUUCCAGGCCCACUCGCCCUCCUAAACCCCAAUUGGUUUCCCCUAAAGAAAUCCCAUCUCCGAAAAGCUCUGGUUUACCUCUCAAUGCAUACAUGCUUCAUAAUCUUGCUCACGUGGAGCUAAAUGCUAUCGAUCUUGCCUGGGAUACGGUUGUUCGGUUUUCUCCAUAUGUUGACUUGCUUGGUGAAGGAUUCUUUGCUGAUUUUGCUCAUGUGGCUGAUGAUGAAAGUCGGCAUUUCACUUGGUGUUCGCAGAGACUGGCAGAGCUUCAAUUCAGCUAUGGAGACAUGCCUGCUCAUAAUUUUCUGUGGAGGGAAUGUGAGAAAUCAUCUGAUAAUGUUGCUGCUCGGCUUGCAGUAAUCCCAUUAGUUCAGGAGGCCAGGGGUCUGGAUGCUGGGCCUCGCCUAGUGAAUAAACUGGUUGGCUUUGGAGAUCAUAGGACUGCAAGCAUCGUAGAAAAGAUAGCCGAUGAAGAAGUUGCACAUGUAGCUGUUGGAGUUUAUUGGUUUGUAUCGGUCUGCCAGAAAAUGGGCCGCACCCCAGAUGCUACUUUCACAGAUAUUCUAGAUGAGUACAAUGUGGAGCUAAAGGGCCCUUUCAACUAUUCAGCUCGAGAAGAAGCUGGAAUUCCUCGAGAUUGGUACGAUCCAUUACCCAAGGAAGAUGAAAGCAAGCUCUCUGGGGUACACGACAGGCUUGCUUGCAUAAUUUCGAUGGAACAAGAAAAUUCAAGUUUGGGAAAGCUAUCUAAAUGACUGUUUUGCAAAUGCAGCAUACCAAAGAUUUCGUUAAGAGCAAUUUUGGGAAAUGACUACUGAAAUGAACAUCAAUGUAAAUACAUUUAGGGCAUGUCGGAACAGCAGCGAUUAACGUACCAGAUGCUUGUUGCAGUGGACCCUUCGAAGAACGGUAGGUGCCCUCCAUGUUGAGUGGUGGCCAAUAUUACAUUUCUGUUUAACCUGUCAGAGUUUUAUUGCAUGAUCUACGGCUAAAACGAAAAUGUCUGAUUUGUUCGUUUUGAUAGAGACUGAGUGAUAUAUAUAUAUGCACAUACCUGCACUCAUCCCAUGGAAUUGCUUCACUUGUGCAGACAGGAUCAUCCAUGGAGCUAAUGCAGAGAAGCGGUACUUCAACUCUUUCUACAUAGUUAGCACUGCUGCACUGUCGAUAAUAUGCAUCGACCGUCUUGAAAAAAAAAAAUGCAUGGAGGAAUUGGGGAUGAAUUUU